UUUUCCGAAGCCCUGUGAUAUAACCUUUUAAUUUAUUUGCCCACAAUCGCUCUCUCUCUCUUUCAGUUCACUUCUACAGCCUUCUCUUCUCCACCAAUCCAAAAAAACCAAAGAUGCAGUACAAAAACCUGGGCAGAUCAGGCUUAAAGGUGAGUCAACUAUCGUAUGGAGCAUGGGUUAGUUUCGGUAACCAGCUCGAUGUUAAAGAAGCAAAGUCACUUCUCCAGUGUUGUAAAGACAACGGAGUCAACUUUUUCGACAACGCCGAGGUUUAUGCCAAUGGUCGAGCCGAGGAGAUCAUGGGUCAGGCUAUUAGGGAACUUGGGUGGAAACGAUCGGAUAUCGUGGUUUCUACCAAGAUCUUUUGGGGUGGUCCUGGGCCAAAUGAUAAGGGUUUGUCUAGAAAACAUAUUGUGGAAGGAACCAAGGCGUCCUUGAAGAGGCUUGAUAUGGAUUAUGUUGAUGUGCUCUAUUGUCAUAGGCCAGACACACAGACUCCAAUUGAGGAGACUGUGAGGGCAAUGAAUUAUGUGAUUGAUAAGGGUUGGGCAUUUUAUUGGGGGACAAGUGAGUGGUCUGCACAACAGAUUACGGAAGCAUGGGGAGUAGCUGAGAGGUUGGACCUGGUAGGCCCAAUUGUGGAGCAGCCGGAGUAUAAUCUAUUGACUAGGCACAAGGUUGAAUCCGAGUACCUUCCUCUGUAUACCAACUAUGGUCUAGGUCUUACAACAUGGAGUCCGCUUGCUUCUGGAGUGCUUACUGGAAAAUACAACAAAGGAAAUAUACCAUCUGACAGUCGGUUUGCUUUGGAAAAUUUCAAAAAUCUUGCUAACCGAUCACUAAUUGAUGAUGUGUUGAGGAAAGUUAAUGGACUGAAGCCAAUUGCUGAUGAACUUGGUGUACCAUUAGCUCAACUUGCAAUCGCAUGGUGCGCUGCAAAUCCCAACGUAUCAUCGGUUAUUACUGGUGCUACAAAGGAAUCUCAGAUUCAAGAGAACAUGAAGGCACUUGAUGUAAUCCCAUUACUGACUCCUGCUGUCAUGGAGAAGAUUGAGACCGUUUUUCAAAGCAAGCCAAAGCGUCCAGAUUCUUACAGGUAGACGCUGGCAUAGCUGUGUUUUGGAGCAGAUGUGUGAGCAUCAAUUUAUGUACUUGGUUUGGUGUUUUAUAGUACUUUGCAACUUUUAGUUGUAUUUGGCACCCUUAUCAUUGUGGAAAGAAGACUUGGGAGAUGAAAUGAAUUUGGAACUGGUUGUGAUUGUUGGUGGAUUGUGAAUGUACGUACAACUCUAAUUUAUUUAUCUCUUUUCUAUUUUCUGCUUUGGUUUGAA